AUGUCCGUGGUGAAACACCACUUGACACACCUCGUUGAGAAUGGCUCCGAUUGCAACUUGGGUGGCGCCACCGGUAACUCGCUAGAUGCUGCACGCAAGACAGGUCAAAGCGAUCUAUUCUUCUUCCUCUCUGGUUUCUCCAAGUCACUAGAUCCAUUCGACUACAACGAAUAUGAAGAUGAAGUUGAAAUUGAAUCAAAUUCAAUAGUUAAUAAUUAUUUAAAUAACAAUAACAAUAAUAAUAAUAGUGAUAGUAAUAAUAAUAAUAAUAAUAAUGUAGAUAGAGAUAAUAGUAUGAGUAUGAGUAGUUUAGAUAUAGAAUGUAUUAAACAAUUACAAAAUGAUAAAUUAGAACAGAAAUUAAAAGAAAAGAAUGAUAAAUUAAAGAUUAAUCAUCAAAACUUUUAUCCACAUAUGUUUGUAUUGAUAGAUUUUAGAGGACCUACAUGGUGUUCAUUGUGUGGUUAUUUCUUGUGGGGUUUGAGACGACAGGGAUUUGCAUGUGAGGUGUGUGGCUACUGUGUACAUCCGAAAUGCAAGAAGAGAGCUACUCUCACUGAAUCUUGUGAUGUCGCCAGACAAAUGAACAAUAAAGAUCAUGCCAAUUCAGAUACCGUAGAUCAAUUCCUUUCUACCAGUAAACAUCAUAAUGAUAAACCAUUACAUAAACAAUCAAUUAAUAGAAAAAGAUUGGAAAGUUUAUAUAAUCAAUUCAAUACAUUAGAUAAAGAACAGCAUGGAUCAUUCGAUUCGAACCAUGAUGGAAAAAUGGAUUUGAAGGAUUUCCUACAUGGCGUAUCUGUAUUACAAAACUCUUCACAAGAAGAACAAAUAUUUUUUGCUUUUCAAAUGUUAGAUAGAAAUAAUAGAGGAUAUAUUACGGUUGGUGAAUUGAAACAAGUGUUACAAUCGAUCUAUCAAUCACUUGGUAAUCUAAAGAUCAAUUCCAUCAAGCCUGAUACACUCAUUCAGUAUAUAUUCCCACCCAGUAUUGUAUAUAAAGAACUAAAAGAAGAGAUUAAGAAACCAUCUCCUCCAUUCUCAAAAGCACUCAAAUAUGGUAAACUUGUUAAAAGUUUAUCUGUAGAUUCAAAGAUUGGUGUACAUCGUACAGAUGAUAAUAAUAAUAAUAAUAACAAUAAUAAUAACAAUGAUAAUAAUAAUAAUAAUGAGUGUAAUAAUGAUAGCAAUAAUAAUGAAAAUAAUAAUAAUGAAUGUAAUAGUAAUAGUAAUAGUAAAAGUGAUAAUAGUACAGCAACAUCAGCUAUGUCUUUUGUUCAACUUAAAGAUGAUAAUCAUUCCAAUAAUAGUACACCUUAUUCAUCGAUGGGAUCGAUAUCAGAGUCACCUAUCGAUACUAAUAUCGCUAGUAGUGUGAUGUCGUCGUCACUACCAUCACAAUCUUCAAGUAUUGAGAUUGCCAAGAUCGAACGAGAGAUAGCUGCUGCUGCCACAACUGACGACAUCGAACACUCUACAUCUGACCAAUCCUGUGGCAGACUUAGAAGUUCGUGCAUUCGAACGAUGCUCAACAAACCAUUGGUCACCUCACAGUCACUGCCAACCAACACAGAGAUCUACAUCAAUAGUUUAAAUAAUAGUAUUAACAACAGUCAAUACACAAAUAUUAAUAAUACAUUAUUAACAAAAGUAUUACCUGAUACAAAUAAUAAUAAUAAUAAUAAUAAUAGUAAUAAUAAUAAUGAUAAUAUUAAAAAAGAAAAGAAAUACUCUACAGAGAUUAAUAUGGAAGGUAGAAUCUAUUAUGAAGACUAUAGAGAUUCUAUGAUGAAACACUGUAACUUUGUGCAGAGUCUUGGUCUGGUGGAAUUGGAUGACAACACCAAAGAGCAACACACUCAAGUAUCGAAAUGGAUGAGUUUCGAAGGCAAAGAGAUCACUCUUGGUCACGAGAAUUGGGAGACAAUGCAGUACAUUAUGAUUGGUAUUAGAAGAGCUAUCGGUGAGACAAUGACUCUAACCAACAGAUCUUUAAAACAAAAGGAUUAUGAUGUUGUAGUUGAAUUUAAAUAUAAUGGAUGGUUGUUUAAAGAUUUCUCACCGUUUCCAUUCAAAAAGAUUAGAGACAAGUUGGAUAUCGAUCCAAUGCACUUUAUGUUCUCACUUGGUCCAGAAAAGAUAUUUGGUAAUCUGCUGCUUGGCAAUCUAUCACAUGUUUGUGAGGUUGUCACUAGUGGUAGAAGUGGUUCAAUGUUCUUUAGAUCGAACGAAGGAAGAUACUUACUCAAAACCAUACCUCCCAACGAAGAGUUUGUUUUGAAAUCGAUACUUCCAUCCUAUGUACAACAUAUUCUAAAGUAUCCAAAUAGUUUAAUUUCGAAAACACUUGGUUGUUACAAUAUGACAACAAAGAAUAGAGAUUUAAGAUUUAUCGUAAUGAAUAAUCUAUUCUUUACACCACUGCCGAUACAUGAGAAGUAUGACUUGAAGGGUUCGACCAUUGGAAGACAUGUCGAGUUGCAAGAGGGUGAGAACGAAGGUAUGAUUGCCGAUGUCUCGCUUAAGGAUUUGGAUUUCAAGCGUACCUUGAACAUCGGACCAGAGUUUAAGGCACCACUCAUGGAGCAGAUAGAGCACGACACCAAGCUGUUGGAGUCACACAACAUCUGUGACUACAGUCUACUGGUCGGUGUUCACCGUGUCGACGAGUACUCGCCAAUCGCACUGGCCAGCGACGACAUACUCUCCAAAGACAUAUUCGACAUUCUCGACGAAGGUUUCUUCAAGAAGAAAUCCGCCACCUCUCUAUUCCAACAACACUACGGUGGUAUUCUUUCAUCCGAUAAGAAAGAAGUUUAUUUCAUUGCAAUUAUUGAUACAUUGACCACGUGGAAUUAUAAAAAGAAAUAUGAAAAUAUGUUUAAAUCAUUGGUUCACGAUUCUUCACAACUCUCUGCAAUUGACCCUUCGAGCUAUAGAGCCAGAUUCCAAAGAUUAGUUCAGCAAAUAGUUCAAUAA